UGAGCCAAUGAGCAGUCAGUUGGACUCGGGCAGCUCUACAUCUUGCGCCAUUUAUCUCCAACAAUAACAAUAACAACGAAAGACCAAACCAGUUAAACUAAAUUGUUUGUUUAAUUGGAAUGCGAUUUAUUUACCCGAGCGACUCCAACAAAGAAAUCUGCGGUUUUGAAAUUUGCUCAUCAUCACGUUGGCUUCGGAACAAACUCAAGUGUUACUUUGCAGUGUCAAGUAUUUGGGCUGAUAUGUCAAAUCCUGCUGACCGAUCAAAUUAUCUCCAAGACAGUAGUAGUGAUACCGAAACUGAUUGCAAAGAAACUGAUGGACGUGGAAGAUUUCGUGUUUGUAAAAAUAAUUUAAGUCUUUCUGGUCCAAAACCCCCCAAGUCUUGUUUGGCACAGCAGCAUCAUCAACUCAGUGAUAGUCGUACUGGUAGAUGGCAUUCAUGUGAAUCUAGUGGGCUUAGAAAAAAUUUAAACCAAAGAAUGCGUCCAGCGAUAGGAAUUGGAAAGAACCAACCGCAGAACCGCGAGAGUCUCGUGAGCGGAGGACUGGCGGGAAAUAUGAGCAGCAACCAGCAGCCGAGUGAUGAUCGCAUAACAUUGAUUGUCGAUAACACCAGAUUUAUUUUGGACCCUUCGCUGUUUACUGCUCACCCCAACACGAUGCUGGGUCGGAUGUUCAGCUCCGGGAUCGACUUUGCUCAGCCGAAUGACCGCGGCGAGUACGAAGUCGCGGAGGGAAUUUCCGCUAUGGUAUUUCGGGCGAUAUUGGAGUACUACAAGGGCGGGAUUAUCCGCUGCCCGCCUACAGUCACUGUCCAAGAGCUGAGAGAAGCUUGCGACUACCUCCUGGUACCUUUUGAUGCCAAUACUGUUAAGUGUCAGAAUUUAAGAGGAUUGUUACAUGAGUUGUCAAAUGAAGGUGCUCGUUGUCAAUUUGAAGUAUUUCUUGAAGACUUAAUACUGCCGCUGAUGGUCAAUAGUGCAAGACGUGGUGAUCGUGAAUGUCAUAUUGUUGUAUUACUUGAAGAUGAUCUGGUUGACUGGGAUGAAGAAUACCCACCGCAAAUGGGUGAAGAAUAUUCACAGACGGUAAAUAGCACAGCGAUGUACCGUUUCUUCAAGUACAUAGAAAACCGUGACGUAGCGAAGCAAGUAAUGAAAGAACGAGGUCUAAAAAAAAUCCGUCUCGGUAUCGAGGGUUACCCGACGUACAAAGAAAAAAUAAAGAAGCGAGCUGGUGGACGUGCUGAGGUUAUUUAUAAUUACGUCCAGCGGCCUUUUAUUCACAUGUCUUGGGAAAAAGAGGAGGCCAAAAGCCGUCACGUGGACUUUCAGUGUGUAAAGUCCAAGUCGGUGACAAAUCUAGCGGAAGCGACCGCUGACCCAGUGCUCGAUGCCGGUGGCAACACACAACCCGCUGAAGACAUACCCCAGCAGGAAGUUAUUGCCGUCGGUUCUGAUCCAGAUGCCGAGGGCGCAAUGGCUCUCCUGCCCGACAUCGACCCUCGGCGACUUCUUCCCGACGAUCUCUUGUGACUCGGUGUCACCACACGAUGCCAUCCGUGUAACCACAACCACAAAGACGAUACUACACUUCGUUAAACUAUUUAUAUUUAUAAUUAAAUUAUAAAUUACUGUACAUAACUUUUUUAUUAUCGUAUCAUUGUCGUAUUACAUACAUAUACAAUUAUUAUAUUACUUAUACACUACACUAGUUUUCAUAUAUUACAUAUCCAGUUUUAAAACUAUAGAGUUUACGUAAUUGUGAUUUUUAUUAUUACAUAUAUUAUAAUAAUAAUAUUAAAUAAGCUUUUUUCAUUUUAUACAAUUAUUU